CGGGAAACCCGCCGAGUCAAAUCGUUGUCUUCUAAUCCCCAAUGCGUCCGAGUCACAACUCACAGCGCUGUCUCUCCAAAAUUUCAUUUCUUCGACGUUUCUAAACCUCUGAAAAUUCUUUUGUUUUAGUUCCAAUCAAAUUUUCUAAUUGCUAAUUCCUAAUUCCUAAUUCCUGAUUCCUGAUUCCUGAUUCCUGAUUCCUAAUUCCUAAUUCCUAAUUCCUGAUUCCUGAUUCCUAAUUCCUAAUUUAGGUUUUCGCAUAAUUGAUAAAGGAAGAUACUUGAUUUCUUCGUUUGAUCAAUUUUUGACUUCUUUGGGUCAUUUUACACACAUUUUCUGACCUUAAUUAUUCUUUCGAAAGGAAGUUUUUAAAUCUUGGAGUUCUUUUGGUGAACUUUUACAACAAUGAGUUUCAUUUUUUGAGGGGCUCGAGCGGAUGUUGAAAAUGGAUUUCCAGGAAUGAUUCCUGAACGGCGUGUGAGGAUUCAUUCAGCGCGGCCAGUGAAUACCAAUUCACUUGCUUUCUUAGUUACUGUACUUUUGCUCUUCAUGAUACUGAAUUCACAUCAAAUGUCACCGAAUAUUUUGCUCUGGCUGGUAUUUGGAUUCUUUCUAGUCGCUACUAGCUUAAGAAUGUAUGCCACAUGUCAACAACUUCAAGCUCAAGCUCAAGCGCAUGCUGUUGCAGCCAGUGGCCUCCUUCGACACACUGAGCUUCGUUUACAAAUGCCACCAUCAAUUGCAUUUGCCACAAGAGGACGUUUGCAGGGCCUUAGGCUUCAGCUUGCACUUCUUGAUCGGGAGUUUGAUGAUCUUGAUUAUGAAACUUUGAGAGCUCUAGAUGCAGACAAUGCACCUGCUGUUCCCUCAAUGAGUGAGGAAGAAAUAAACGCUCUUCCUGUUCACAAGUAUAAGGUUACAGGUUUAGAGAGAAAUAUGGCAGGAAAGCAGCAGGCAUCAUCUUCUGAGAAGCAGCAAGACAUUUCUAUCAAUGUUGGGAAUCCGAAGGGCGGCGGCACUGAAGAGGAAUUGACUUGUAGUGUAUGCUUGGAGCAAGUAAACAUCGGAGAGCUUAUUCGCAGCUUGCCAUGCUUGCAUCAGUACCAUGCAAACUGCAUUGACCCAUGGCUCAGACAGCAGGGAACAUGUCCCGUAUGUAAAUUUAAGGUUGGAUCAGGUUGGCAUGACGAUGAACAAGAUGACGGAUCAUUCUUGGUUUAAAAAGUGUAUUAUUUGUGUCGUUUUCACUAAUAUAUAAGCUUAGUUGUAAAUUACAUGCCUAUACGUUGCGUGAAGCUGCCAUUGUAUCACUUGUUUAGGCAACCACGGGGAAUUUGAAAUUUAGCCGAUUUCGUUCAAGUUUCACUAUGUUGAUGUAUAGUUGAUAUUACAAUGCAGGCAUGCAGCUAGUUAAAUUUUUAUGUUUGGACAUGUAUUAGUAAAUUUACAACGGUGUUUUUAGUAUACAAUCAAAUAUAAUGGUUUCUAUUUUCACA